GAAAAUCACACUCUAGCACUCUCUCUUUGUGAAAUCCUAGCCAGACCCUCUGUUAUCAGAAAACCCGGAGAACAAGGAUUGAGAUCCUUUGAAAAACACAGAGAUCCCAGUCUAACUUGGUGCCUUCUUCCUAUUCUUUCAAUAUAUAGAGGGCCCAGGAUGGUCUAGAGCCUACUUCUUAAAGGAGUCGUGGAGGUAGGACUAUUUAUUUUCAAUCAAUCGAUAUGAGCAAACAACUAGAACCACAAGACAAGUGGGGCAGGUAUGAUGAGACGUCAUUCUUCUUCACCGAAUUUUGAUUUUCUCGUCCUUUUCUCUGCAAGAAAAAUUGAAGUCAACGCCUAAACCAACUCACCUUCCUUUUUCCCAAAACGGCCAUCUGUUUCUUCUCUUAAUCUUCACAGACACUGCGAUCUCCUUGUUCGUUAGUUUCGCCUGUCUAUCCUUGAGUGCCACACUAACCCAAGCACCUCAACCACCACGCGUCAGUCAUUCAUGGAUCGAAGUUGUUUCCUAUUCCUCCUUCGUGCGACGGUGUUUCUGGUACAUUAUUACAUUGGAAGUUUAGCUAAUGCAACGGCUCUCGACAUUACCACUGAUCAAUCCACUCUUCUUGCCUUAAAGGGUGGUAUUUCUUAUGAUCCUCAUAAUAUUUUGACAAGCAAUUGGUCUACUAGUAUUUCUGUAUGUAAUUGGAUCGGUAUCACUUGUAGUUCUAAAUAUCAUCGAAUCACAGUUUUGAACCUUUCUUACAUGGGCCUUGUAGGCACCAUUCCUCCACAUAUAGGAAAUCUUUCAUUUCUUGUUAAACUAAGUGUCACAAACAACAGCUUUCAUGGCUCUAUGCCCAACGAGCUGGCAAGACUUUACCGGUUGGAACUCUUAGACUUUGGAUUCAAUGAUUUGAGUGGAGAAAUCCCAUCAUCAAUGGGGUCGUUAUCCAAACUUCAAUAUUUGUUUCUACAUGAUAACAGUUUCAAUGGUACUUUCCCAUCAUCUCUAUCUAAUGCAUCUUCGUUGGAAAUAAUUCAUCUUGGAUAUAACCAGCUUUCGGGCUCCAUAUCUUCCUCCCUAUUCAACAUAUCGUCCUUGCAAAGAAUUUCUCUAAUGGAGAACAUGCUUUCAGGUCCGUUGCCCUCCAUUAUUUUCAACAUGCCCUCACUACAAGUCAUGGACCUCGAAUCUAAUAUGUUGUCUGGUGAAUUCUCAAUGGAUUUGUUUGAUCAUCUUCCCAACUUACAGUGGCUUGAUGUGUCUCACAAUAAGUUUUAUGGCAAACUCCCAUUUACUCUGUUCAAGUGCAAACAACUGCAAAAUUUGUCAUUGCACGCUAACAAUUUUACAGGAAGAGUAUCUCCAAAAAUUGGAAACUUAACCAUGCUUAUAAAUUUAGAUCUCGCCGGCAACAACUUUCAAGGUGAAAUUCCAAGUGAAAUUGGUAAUUUACAAAACCUAGAGCUAUUUAAUAUCGAGAACAACAACUUUGCUGGCCCAAUUCCAUUUGAAAUCUUCAAUAUCUCUACAUUGCAAGACAUUGCAAUAACUUUGAAUAACCUCUCAGGCCAUCUUCCAUCAAAUAUAGGCCUUUUCCUUCCAAAUCUUCAAAAGCUUUAUAUCGGGGCAAAUGAAUUAAGUGGAACACUUCCCAGCUCUAUCUCCAAUGCUUCACAACUCAUUGACAUAGAAUUGGUUCAAAACUCAUUCUCAGGCUUAAUUCCUAAAACACUUGGGAAUUUAAGACUUCUCGAGAGACUCAACCUAGGACAAAAUAAUUUGACCGUUGGAUCACCAGAAUUGAGCUUUUUCUCUUCUUUGUCGAAUUGCAUAUAUCUCAAAGCAUUAAUUUUAUCAGACAAUCCACUGAAUGGCAUCAUGCCUAGUUCCGUUGGAAACCUCUCUACUUCUCUUCGAAGGUUUUCAAUGUUUAAUUGCAAUAUUAAGGGUAGCAUUCCUAGUGAUAUUGGCAAUUUAAGUAGCUUGACAACUUUGAACCUACAAACAAAUGAAUUGGCUGGACCAAUUCCAAGUACAGUGGGAAGGUUGCACAUGCUCGAAGGUUUGUACCUUCGAAGUAAUAGACUAGAAGGUCACAUCCCAUCCGAUCUUUGUCAUUUAGAGAGCUUGGUUGUAUUAGAUUUGGAUGGUAAUGAGCUUUCUGGACAUAUUCCUACAUGCAUGGAUAAUCUAACUUCUCUAAGAUAUCUCUACAUGGGCUUAAACCAAUUAACUUCUACUGUUCCCUUGAGCUUGUGGAGUCUAACAUACCUCUUGGUGGUCAACCUGUCGUCAAAUUCUCUAAGUGGCUCUCUCACAUCAAUGAAUAUUGGAAAUAUGAAGGUCUUGAUAAAACUGGAUUUCUCAAGAAAUCAGUUGUCAGGUGGUAUUCCAAUAUCGCUUAAUGGCCUUACAGAUCUAGUUUACCUCUCCUUUGCAAACAAUCGAUUCGAAGGCUCAAUUCCUGAAUCAUUUGGUGAAUUAGUAAGCUUGGAAUUCUUGGAUCUUUCCGGUAAUAAUUUAUUUGGAGAGAUUCCAAAGGCCUUAGAAGGACUCCAAUAUCUCAAAUAUUUCAACGUAUCUUUUAACAGACUACGAGGAGAAAUUCCUUCAGGAGGAACAUUUGUAAACUUCUCGGCUGCAUCAUUUAUGUCAAACGAGGCACUUUGUGGUGCUCCCAGACUGCAAGUUCCCCCAUGUAAAGAAGGUAGUCCUCAACCAAAAAAGGCUACAACAAUGCAUGUACUAAAGUAUGUAUUAUUGGCAAUUGUGUUAACAAUACUUGUGGUGGCCUACGUAUUAGUUUGGAUAAGAUGCCAAAAAAGGAAUGUUGAAUUUCCAGUUGAGGAAGAGUCGUUACUUGCAACAACAUGGAGAAGAAUUUCUCACCAAGAACUUCGACAAGCAACAGAAGGAUUCAAUGCAAACAACUUAGUUGGUAAAGGGAGUUUUGGGUCAGUAUACAAAGGAACAUUAUCAGAUGGGACAAAUGUUGCAAUAAAAGUUUUAAACUUGCAAGUAGAAGGGGCAUUCAAGAGUUUUGAUGCAGAGUGUCAAGUACUAUGCAAUAUUCGUCAUCGAAAUCUAAUCAAAUUCAUUAGUGUUUGUAGUAGCAUCAACUUCAAAGCCCUUGUAUUGGAAUACAUACCUAAUGGAAACCUAGAGAAGUGGUUGUAUUCUCACAAGCACUAUUUGAGUAUCUUACAAAGGCUAAAUAUAAUGAUCGAUGUAGCGUCAGCAUUAGAAUACCUUCAUUAUGGUUAUUCAACACCUGUUGUUCAUUGUGAUUUGAAGCCUAGCAAUAUCUUGUUGGAUGAAGAUAUGGUUGCACAUGUCACUGAUUUUGGCACAGCCAAACUCUUAGGUGAUGGAGACUCCAUGAAGCAAACUAUGACUCUCGCUACCAUUGGAUACAUGGCACCAGAGUAUGGAUUGGAAGGAAUUGUUUCUACAAGAAGUGAUGUGUAUAGUUACGGUAUUUUACUGAUGGAAACUUUCACAAGAAAGAAGCCGACAGAUGACAUGUUUGCUGGAGAAAUGAGCUUCAAGCGUUGGGUAGAGGAUUUGUUACCUCUUUCAGUAAUUGAACUCGUUGAUGCCAAUUUGCAAAGAAUCGAAGGACAUGCUGCUAUGGACUUCAUAUCAUCCAUCAUGCGAUUAGCUUUGCAGUGUUGUGCAGAGUCCCCUGGGCAGAGGAUUGAUAUGAAAAAUGUUUCAGUCACACUCAACAAGAUCAAAUUGAAGUUUCUACAAGAUGUUAAAGGAGUUUAACGUGAGAGCGUGAAGUUUGUUCAGCUCUUUCAUGUUUGUGCCUUUCAAACUGUUGAUAGAUAUUGAAGGCUCACCUAGCUU